CGUGACUUGCGGUGAUUGACUGUGGCGAGCGCGUCCAAGCAGGGGCGAAUUCCACGCGGAGCGUGAGUCGGCAAAAUUCACGCUUGGGUGCCGUUUGACGGGACACUGACCUCCGCACGUGGCAUCUGUCAAUAUGGAGCCCAGCAUCUCUAGGGGUCUGACAGACAAAUUCUACGAGAAAAGGAAAGCCGCAGCAUUGGAGAUAGAAAAGCUGGUCCGCGAGUGUUAUGCUCAGAAUGACACCAAUCGUAUCCACCAAAUCAUCGAACAGCUUGUUGAUUUAUUCUCGACUCCAUCGAAUGCCCUUCACGCUAGGAAUGGGGGUCUCAUUGGUCUUGCCGCAACGGCUAUUGCCCUUGGGGUAGAAAUUUCACCCUUUAUGGAGAAGUUCAUCGACCCUCUCUUGAAAUGCUUCUCCGACUCGGAAAGUCGAAUCCGAUACUUUGCUUGCGAGAGUAUGUAUAACAUUGCAAAGGUGUCCAAAGGCGAAAUACUGGUUUAUUUUAACCAAGUCUUUGACGCCCUGAGCAAAUUGGCGGCGGAUUCCGAAUUGUCGGUCAAGAAUGGCGCCGAAUUAUUAGAUCGGUUACUCAAGGACAUCGUUGCAGAAUCAGCUCCUGUCUACUUUCCUCAAUACCCCGAAACGGAACGCAUCCGAAAUGAAACACAUGAUCAUAGCGUGUACGGAUUGGAUAUCAUGGUCCCAGUUGAAGACAAUUUCGACAGCGAGAAGCCACUUCCGAAGAAAGCCUUUUCGUUGGCGCAUUUCAUACCUCUAUUGUCUGAGCGGAUAUACGUUAUCAAUCCUUUCACUAGAAGUUAUCUGGUAUCCUGGAUCACCGUGCUGGAUUCAGUCCCUGAUCUGGAGCUCGUGUCAUUCCUCCCAGAGUUCCUCGAUGGUUUGUUUAAGUACCUGUCGGAUCCGACUGAAGAUGUUAGGGUAGCGACCGAAAUUCUAAUGGCUGAUUUUUUGAGAGAGAUCCGUGGAAUUGCAAUUUCCAAUCGUCAACGGGGCGACAAGGAACGAAGGUCUGGAGACAACAGGUCACCAGACAGCCUAAGGGACAUGAAGUCGUCGAAUCGUGAUGAUCACAUUCCUUCCAUCAGUGCCUCGCCGGAACGAGGAGGUUUUUUGCUGACCCCUGAUGGACAAGUAGCCCCUAAUGAGGAAGAAGCAAUUUUUCCAAACCACCACCAUUCGGAGGAGAUUCGAGACGGCGCUUGGAGUCGUGGCCAAGGUGUAACUGUGGAUCAUGCAGCGAUCGUUGAGAUAUUAAUCCAACAAUUAGAUGCUACUCAUGAUGAAAUACAGCAAUCUACGGCGCUGAGGUGGAUUGCCGAGUUCCUAGACUUCGCGCAAGAUGUCAUGCUCCCAUUCACACCUCGCCUGAUCCCUGCGAUCCUGCCAAAUCUCGCUGUACAUAUCGCCGCUAUGCAAAGCGCCGCUCAACAAGCAAAUCACAAUUUAUUCACCGUUAUUCAAAGUCUUCCCUCUCCACCAUCAAGACCUCGGCUUCCACGCGCUUCCUCAUCAUCCUCUGUCCGGACUAUUCCAGCAUCGCCUCCAUCUACCGAAGCCCAGAUACCAGCUGAAUCGUCUCGUGCGCAUGAAAUUGCAAGCGGAAGAAAAUCUCGAGCCAGCACUCAAUCUGGCGAUGCCGUUAAUUCUGAACUUUCCGAAAAUAUUCGACCCCACUCUCCGAAUUCGAAUGGGACCGUUCAAACCGCGACCUCCCUGGCAUCACGAUUACAACCUCCACAACCAACCCAACAGCAUCCUCAUUCACCGAUACUUUACCCUGAAUUCAUGCCGGAUGACAUCGGUUUAUCGGACGACGCUGAUCCGUUCGACUAUCAAGCGACUGUCAGUGGAUUGACAAUCCAGUUCAUUAGCGAAUAUGAUGAAACCCGGGUGGCCGCCUUGAAGUGGCUGAUUAUGCUUCAUUCUAAGGCACCUAAGAAGAUCUUAGCAAUUGAUGACGGAACCUUUUUCGCACUUCUGAAAACCCUUUCGGAUCCUUCGGAGGAGGUCAUUAAAUAUGACUUACAGCUGCUAGCACAAAUCUCCUCCACAUCGGAAGAAGGCUAUUUCAAAGCUUUCAUGAUCAACCUUUUAAAGUUGUUUAGUACUGACCUUCGACUACUGGAGACCAGAGGGAGUCUUAUCAUACGGCAGCUUUGUUUAAGCCUGAACACCGAUCGCAUAUACCGGACAUUUGCCGAGAUACUGGAGCAGGAAGAAGACUUGGAAUUCGCCAGUACCAUGGUCCAGCGUUUGAAUGUCAUCCUAAUCACUUCUCAGGAGCUAGUGGAAUUCAGAAGACGACUGCGGAACCUUGACUCGAAGGAUGGUCAAGCACUGUUCUCCGCUCUUUACCGAUCGUGGUGCCACAACCCAGUGGCCGUCUUUUCCUUAUGUUUACUCGCUCAAGCGUACGAGCAUGCUUCCAAUCUGCUUCCAAUCCUCGCCGAGAUGGAAAUCACCGUUCAACUAUUGGUGCAAAUCGACAAACUAGUUCAGUUGUUGGAAUCCCCCGUGUUUACAUACCUGCGUCUUCAGCUGCUGGAACCGGAAAAAUUCCCAUUCCUUUUCAAGUGCCUGUACGGGCUCCUGAUGCUCCUACCACAAAGCAGUGCCUUUAUAUCCCUGCGGAACCGCCUGAAUGCUGUCAGCUCGCUUGGAUUCGUCCAUGCAAUUCCAAGAGCAACCCAACCAUCAACAACUUCGACAAUACGUUCCAAACUCACUGGCGGUCGAGAUGACACCAUUCGGUGGCCUGAACUCUUAUCACACUUCAGGACGGUUCAGAUGAAGCAUGAAAAGGCGCGAAGGGGAGAGUCGGUGUUCACAUCCUCGGAUACUGAGAGCGUGGAUGCGUUACCUACUACCCCACCUGCACCUACCGGAUCACCGUCGCUACGGCCUGUGCUGCGGCGGAAGUUGACCGGGGAGCUUUCUUCAUCAAGUGUCAGAGUUCAGGGAACAAGCACUUCCUUCGCACUUUCUCCUCUAAACCCUAAAAGAGCAUCGUCGGUUAGUACCGGUGCAGGUCCGACAAAUGGAAGACCCGCAAGUCCAGCGCCCAGUAAACAACGACGGGCACUAGGCGUUGUCGGGGUGCGUCGUUAAUGAUUCAGCCAAUGUUACGACUGUUAUGGACAAUUGAUGUUGAUCAUCAUAACCACUGCCUAUAUAUCUUGUGCUUCAGUUUGAAGAAGCGGAAAUAUGAUAGUAGUAGAAUAGAUCUAAUUGUAAGAUUCCUUGUUGCAACGCAAACAAAGUGAAGAGUUAUCGAACA